AUGGCUACUAUCAUCAAACAACCGUCUAUAACAAUUAAAUGUUCAAAUCCAACGGAAAAUGUUGAACCUAUAGUAUGUAUGGCUGUUGAAUCGAAUACAAAGCAAUGGCCUCUUAAUAUGAUAUGGUUCUAUUCGAAUACUGCAAACUUGUCGAAAGAUAAUUUUAUGCCAUCUAAUCAUUUAACAACUACUCUAUCGGAUACACUCAAUUAUUUUCCCAUGUUAGCUGGUCGUAUUAUUGAAGAUGCGAAAGGCAAUGUCAUUGUUCAUUUAACAAAUGAAGGUGUUCUUUAUACCGAAGCAGAAUGUCCGAAUCAAACUAUGGACUAUUUCAUACCUCGAACGCUUUCGGACGAAGAAUUUGAUUAUGAACAUAUCAAUACAAGUAAUUUAGUCGUAAAAGUAAACAAUGAUUGGACAGGACCUUGUGUAUCGAUACAAGUAACGCGUCUGAAAUGUAAUAGCGUUAUUUUAAGUAUAUCAGGUUUCCAUUGUUUCUUUGAUCCACAUGCUAUGUCACAUUUCAUCAAUACAUGGGCAUCAGCUAAGCCACCAGAACCAAUGCCAAUGUUCGACAAAACUUUUGUUUUAUAUCCUACUGAAGAACAACGACAAUGUAUCAGCUCUCUAACUCGACCAAAGAACUGCGUUUUCAACCGUGAUAUUAAUCAAUCUUCUGAUUCAGUAUUCGCCGAAGCACAACAGCAACAGCGUGUUAUUUGCAAAAUUUAUUUUUUCUCUACUGAUGAAUUAAAAAAUCUAAAAAAAGAAGCAUCAAAAUCUCUACCAGAAUCAAUCGAUUAUAUCAGCACCUAUGAUGCUCUUUAUGCACAUAUGAUAUUAGUGAUUGCUCAAGCGACUCAAACUUCAUUAACUGAUAAUAUCAAAAUUCUACAAUCAUUCAAUGGUCGACCGCGUUUCGUUUCUUCGUGUUCACCAGCCGUUCUUAAUUACUUCGGUUCAUUUCCAUUUUGGCUCUAUGGUAAAAUACCAUCAGAUCGAGAACCAACUCUUUCAUCAUUAGCACAAAUGAUACAUGAAAUGUAUUCCAAACAAACGGAACAUUCAUUGAGAGAUUAUAAUGCUUAUUUAAUGAGUGGUGAUGGUGAUAUAAAAAAGAAUCGAGUAGAUGCUGAUGUAAUUAAUCGUGAUUUUCAUUGUGCAUCAUGGCGAAAAAUAAAUCUAUUAGGUGCCAAAUUUGGUAAUAGCGGAUAUCCUAUUUACAAUGGCCCAACAGAUGUAUUGUACCCACGAUAUUUUGAAAUGAUAGAUGCACAUGUAAAUGAUGAAUCGAUUAAUAUUAUAUUAGGAUUGAGAGAACAAGAUUAUGAACGAAUGAUACAACAGAAUUUAAUACAUAAAUAUCGAUAA